CGCUUCUCUGAUGGUACCCUGUCUAAUUUCACUGCCCCACCAACUGGGCUGCAGGCUUCAAGUGUCUCCGAGUGGGGCUACCGGGUGAUGCAGAAUUUUGUCUUUGCCAUUGAGGAGAUUAAUAAAAGUGCUGAAUUGCUGCCAAAUUUGACACUGGGCUUCUCCAUUCGAAACUCUGGGGACUCAGUGCAUGGAGCCCUUUAUGAGAUGAUGGGUUUUCUAACAGGGCAAGAUGAGCCCAUCCCCAACUACACAUGCUGUCAUGGCUCUCCACAGGCUGCCUUGGUCGGGGACACACGGUCAUCCCUGUCUGUAUCCAUGGCCAGACUUCUGGGGCUGUACAAGUUUCCCCAGAUCAGUUAUUCAUCUUCCCUACCUAGCCUGAGUGACAAGAUCCAGUUUCCAUCCUUCCUUCGGACACUCCCUAGUGAUCUCACAUCCUGUCAUGCACUUACUCAGCUGAUAAUUCACUUUCAGUGGUCCUGGGUGAUCAUUCUGGCCCAAGAUGAUGACUUUGGAGAGCAGGCCAGUUCUCUGGCCACUCAGCAGCUGAGUGCAGCUGGUGUGUGCAUUGAGUUUCACCUCCAUGUCCCUUCCCAACAGUCCUUGGGGAAGAUUGAAGAGACUGUCCAGAAGAUGCAGAAAUGUACAGCCAGAGUUGUUCUGGUUUUCUUAAGCAAUUCAAAUUUCCAGCUCAUCUUGUCUGGCUUACUGGCUGCCUCUGUCUCAGGACAGGUAUGGGUCAGCAAUGACACUCUGCACAUAGCAAUGGCUCUGAGCAUUCCAGGCAUUUCCCAGGUCUUGCAAGGCACACUUGGGCUUCUUUAUGACUGCAGCUGGGCCAUUGGCUUCCCUGAUUUCCUUGCUCGCUUGCGCCCCAGCCAGACCCCAGAAGACAUGUUUAUAAAGAAGUUCUGGGAAUUUACAUUUGAUUGUACAUGGCCCUACCAGAACAGCACAGUGACAGAGGGUGUCCAGUUCUGCUCAGGCAAUGAGAGUCUGAAGAACAAGCUACAUUCUUUCCCAGAAGUGAGUAAAAUUGAUGAUGCUUACACAGCUGUCUACAGCAUUGCCCAUGCCCUGCAUGAUAUGAUAGCCAGCGAGCACCAGGAUGGGAUAGGUACAAAUCUCCAGGACUUCCAUCACUGGCAGCUGCUCCAUGCCCUCAAAAAAGUACACUUCAAGACUCUUGAUGGAACCAAGAUUAUGUUUGAUGUCAAUGGAGAUUUGGUGACAAAAUUUGAUAUUUUACAAGGGCAGAAGACCCCCACAGGUGUAUUCCACUGGGUCCACGUAGGCAUGAUAGACCCUCAAGUCUCUUCAGGGAACAAAAUGAUGGUUCAAUUGAAGGAGGAUCUCCAAGUGGGUGCCCUGAAUGCAGAAAUAACUGUGCCCACCUCCAUCUGCAGUGAAAGCUGCCUUCCAGGGUUUAGCCAAGUGCCCAGACUGGGAGCCCCCCACUGCUGUUUUGAUUGCAGUCCAUGUCCUGAAGGACAGUUUGCAGACCAAAGAGACAUGAAGAGAUGUCUUCUGUGUCCCAAGGAGCAGUACUCGAGCCAUACCAGAGACCAUUGCCUCCCCAGGACAGAGAUCUUCCUGGCCUUUGAGGAACCAUUGGGAUUCAUAUUGGCUUUGAUGGCAAUCUUGCUGGCUGGUCUGGCUCUCCUGGUACUUGGAGUGUUCCUGAAGCAUCGAGACACACCUGUGGUCAGGGCCAACAACAGAACUCUCAGCUACUUCCUCCUGAUCUCUCUUUCCCUCUGUUCCCUCUGUUCCUUGCUUUUCCUUGGGAGACCCACUGUCACCACCUGUCUCCUCCGUCAGACCACCUUUGCUGUGGUGUUCACAGUGGCUGUCUCCUCUGUUCUGGCCAAGACUCUCACAGUAGUCCUGGCCUUCAGAGUCACCAAGCCAGGAAGCAGGAUCCAGGUAUGCCUGAGCCCUGGUGCUUCAACCUCAGUCAUCCUCAUUGCUUCCUUAAUACAGGCUGUUCUUUGUGGAGUGUGGUUGGCUACCUCCCCACCAUUCCCAGACAGGGAUAUGAUCUCAGAGCCCCAGCACAUUGUGAUCCAAUGCCAGGAGGGUUCUGGUGCCACCUUCUUCUGUGUGCUGGGCUUCUUAGGUUUCCUGGCAGGGGGUACUUUCUCUGUGGCUUUUCUGGCCAGGGACCUACCAGAUGUCUUCAAUGAGACCAAGUUCCUCACCUUCAGCAUGCUGCUCUUCUGCAGUGUCUGGACAGCUUUCCUGCCCCUGUACCACAGUUCCCAGGGAAAGUCCACUGUGGCGGUAGAGAUCUUCUCCAUCCUGGCCUCCACUGCUGGACUUUUGGGUGGCAUCUUCAUCCCCAAAUGCUACAUCAUCUUGUUGAAGCCAGAAAAGAAUACCCCUGCCUGGCUAAGGCAAGGUCGCUGUGCACAUCAAGACAGGCAGUGUUCGAUGCUCCAUAGAAGGUGA